CCUGAGAAGGGAGCUGCCCCCAGCCCCAUGUGUAGCAUGCUGACAGCUGGAGCUAACGAGCUAACUGGGUUGUAGCAGGAGCAAGCUGUGCCUCAGCUGCUCUGGGGCUCACUCCAGGUGAGGAGCAGCCUCUUUUCUCAGGGUCUGCACGUGAGGGCUGCUCUCUGAAGAGGGAGCUUACAAGGAGGAGGACGUGCCUGUUUGUAAAAUGUAGAUGAAGGAAAACUGGUCUCAUAACAUCACAUGCCAUCCACACAUCAGGACAAUGAAUGAGUCCAACAACUGCAGUGUAACAGGCGUAGAAGUGAAUCGCCACGUCCGUCUCACUGAAUUUGCUCUGUAUAUCAUCAUUUUCUUUUUUGGAUCAAUAUUUAAUGCCCUUGCUCUGUGGGUGUUCUUCUGCAAAAUAAAGAAGUGGACGGAAACCAGGGUGUACACAAUCAAUUUAGUUUUUGCUGACUGCUUCAUCAUCUGCAUCUUGCCUUUCAUGGCUUAUUUGAUCUGGAAUAAGUCAGACCGAGAUGAACUCUGCCAGUUUAUAGAGGCAAUGUAUUUUAUCAACAUGGUAGUGAGCACCUAUGUCAUUUCAUUUAUCUCCAUUGAUCGAUACAUUGCCAUAAAGUACCCCCUGAAAGCUAGGACCUGCAGGUCUCCAUCAAAAGCUGCCCUUCUCUGUGGGCUUCUGUGGGUCUCUGUUAUAAUCGGUGCAACCUUAAGAUUUCAAAAGAGACAUGCUACUGUCUGUUUUCAGAAGGAUGACACCAUACCCAUUGCUCAGACCCUGAUUUCCAUUUUCUUCGUUUUCUCUCUUCCAUUAGCAACCUUGACCUUUUGUUCCAUAGAAAUCAUCAGGAACCUUAAGAGACAGCUGAAGACAAAUUCACUGGAAGAGAAAUUAAUCCAGAAAGCUCUUUACAUUAUUUAUGCAAAUCUGAUUGUGUUUCUAAUAUGUUUUCUGCCAGCCUACCUUGGGGUACUUUUCAGGUUCAUAAUGGAGUAUGUUGGAACUAGCUGUUUCCUGAAGCAGGUCAUGAUGGACUUCUUUGCCCUGACGAGGUGCAUUGCCACGUCCAACUGCUGCCUGGACAGCGUCUGCUACUACUUCGUGACCAAGGAAUUCCAAGAAGCCAUUCUGCUGCCUAAAUCCAGCACUGACAAAACAAAUCAAACCCAAUCCUUGCAGUUAAAUACUUGCUAAAGGAAAGGAAGAAGAAUACAAACCAAAGCACCACCACCAAAAAAAUGCAAUGCCAAGAGAACGUACAGCUUCAGUGUUACUGGGAUAACCAUUGCCCUUUCAUUCCAGGGACAGCUUUGUUAUGUCUAUCAUUACCAAGUUAUUUGUAAUUUUUAUUUCUGUGUGGCUAUUAAACAAAUAAGUUGUUUCAUA